AGAGUUGUGCAUCAUCAGAUUAUCUUUUUGAAUGCAGAAAAAACAUAUUUUUCAAAAUUGAACAAAACACUCCUGACAAAAAUAUUUAACAAAGAAACUCAUAUGUAGUUUUUUAUUCUUGAUCAGGUUUCUUAAAUUUGGUGUCUCAUAGGCUGAUAGUAAUAACUUCAGUUUUGAAAUUUAAUUCUUUUAAUUCUUCACCUUAAAUGAUGUCUAACCCAGCUCCUAGAAGGCAAUCAAAAGCAGAAUCUUUCGAUAGGAACUUUCUAGAAGAAAGGGUAAAAUUUCUGGAGGCGGAGGUUAAGACUUUGAACAAACGUUUGGACACGUUGCGAGCAGCUAAAAACAACACAGUUGUUAAGGCCACGACUAAAUAUGUGAGCUCUAAUGAACCCAAAACACACGAUGGCGCAGCCGAAUUAUCACGAAAACGCGAGUCAGAAGAAUUAUCAAAUUUACGCCAGAAGGUUAAAGAACUGGAAGAAAGAUUGGAAAAAGAGAGGAAAAAGUUUCAAGCUGAGCUGGAAUCGGUUCAGAAAACGAAGGAUAUGAAGCAAAAAGCAGCCAAUUGUACUGAGCACGAGGAAAUUAUUUUGUCACUGCAGACGGCAAACGUGCAGUUGCAAGUCCAGCUAGCCGAAAGGGAAGCAGAUGGUCACUAUUUAAUCGAAGACUUAACCAGACGAGAGGCAGACUGGUGUGAGAGUGAAGAGAAUUAUAAGAAAGAGGUAGCUGACCUCUCGGCUGAAAAUGCAAAACUGAGGGAGAUGUUGUCUCGGUUGGCUCGAGAGCUGCCCGGAAUACAACAGACGACAAAUUAUUUGCAAGGCGAGAUCAGACGAAACAAUCCGAACGACAGUUAAUAAAAAACACAGAAAAAAUUAAACUCGAAAACUCUUAUCAGAAACAUAAUUAAAUCAGUUAGACAUAAAUUAAUCAAAUUAUUUGCUUCUCGUGACUCAUAAUAUUAUAAAAAUUAUGAUCAUUUCAAACAUGGUCGAUA